UGGACAAUGAAGGGAGUUUCCAUGUUGUGCUGAGUGAAGCUGCUGCCCGGAGCCUCCUGUGCUUCUCUCUCAUUGAGCGGCGGGGAGCGGGGAGGGGUGUGCAAAGCGUGCAACAUGCAGAUGCCAUCCGUGCCCCGGAGCCCUUCUCUAGGAUCCCAGCCGGGCUUUUUCUGGAGGGCACCCAGGGCCAGGAAGGUGUGCUAGAAGGGAGCUUCUAUUGUAUCGCCCGAUCUGCCGCCAGGACCGGUGGGGAGGGAGAUCGGUGGUGGUGGGGGGGAGAAGAAGAAGGAGGACUGAUUUGCCAAGGAAAAGGUGGAUUAUUGCAGAGACUGCACAUCAUGGGGAAUGCUGGCAGCAUGGAUUCCAACCAGACCGAAUUCAAGGCGCACAAUAUGCCACUGAAGCUGCCCAUGCCAGAACCAGGGGAACUGGAGGAGCGGUUUGCAGUGGUCCUGAAUGCUAUGAAUUUACCACCUGAUAAAGCCAGAUUAUUGCGACAGUAUGAUAACGAAAAAAAAUGGGAACUUAUCUGCGAUCAGGAAAGAUUUCAAGUAAAGAAUCCUCCACACACAUAUAUCCAGCAGCUGAAAGGCUACCUUGAUCCAGCAGUAACACGGAAGAAGUUUCGCAGAAGAGUACAGGAGUCCACUCAAGUGCUGAGGGAGCUGGAGAUUUCUUUGAGGACAAAUCACAUUGGGUGGGUGAGGGAAUUUCUCAAUGAAGAAAACAAAGGACUGGAUGUACUGGUGGAAUACCUUUCCUUCGCACAAUACGCAGUCACGUUUGAUUUUGAGUGUCUGGAGAAUAAUGUAGAAAACAAUGUUGACAAGUCAAAACAUUGGAGCCGGUCCAUUGAGGACUUACAUAGAGGUGGUAACCUACCUUCUCCUGUUGGGAAUAGUAUUACUCGGUCGGGCAGACAUUCUACCUUAAGGUAUAAUACUCUGCCCAGUAGAAGGACGUUGAAGAACUCAAGAUUAGUGAGCAAAAAGGACGACGUCCACGUCUGUAUCAUGUGUUUGCGGGCGAUCAUGAAUUAUCAGUAUGGUUUCAACAUGGUCAUGUCUCAUCCACAUGCUGUCAAUGAGAUUGCACUAAGUUUAAACAAUAAAAACCCCAGAACAAAAGCACUUGUAUUAGAACUGCUAGCAGCCGUCUGCCUUGUCCGCGGAGGACACGAAAUCAUUUUAUCAGCGUUCGAUAACUUCAAGGAGGUUUGUGGUGAGAAACAGAGAUUUGAGAAGCUCAUGGAACAUUUCAGGAAUGAAGACAACAAUAUUGAUUUUAUGGUGGCGUGUAUGCAGUUCAUUAAUAUCGUAGUCCAUUCUGUAGAAGACAUGAAUUUCAGAGUCCAUCUUCAGUUUGAAUUCACCAAAUUAGCCUUGGAUGAAUAUCUGGAUAAAUUGAAGCAUACGGAAAGUGACAAGCUUCAAGUCCAGAUUCAGGCCUAUCUAGAUAAUGUGUUUGAUGUGGGUGCGCUCCUGGAGGAUGCCGAGACCAAGAACGCAGCUCUGGAGAGAGUGGAAGAACUGGAAGAAAACAUUUCUCAUCUUUCUGAAAAACUCCUCGACACAGAAAAUGAAGCAAUGUCAAAAAUCGUAGAACUGGAAAAACAGCUCAUGCAAAGACAUAAAGAACUGGAAAUUGCUCGGGAUGUCUGUAAAGAUGCAAACACGCAAGUCAGCACACUGCGAAAAAUGGUCAAGGAGAAGGAGGAAGCCAUUCAGAGACAAUCCACUCUGGAAAGAAAGAUCCAUGAGUUGGAAAAACAGAAAAUUCUGAAAAAAGUUGAUGGUGAUAUAUCUAUCAUGCCACCGGUGACAGGUGGUGUGCCAUCAGGGGCAGAGGUGGUGCCUGGAGCAUCAACGGGCACUGGUAUCCCACAAACUGGACAUCCUGUGCCUGCUGGAGCACCUACAAGUGUAUCAGGAAGUUCUGUGUCUUCAGCAGCAACUCCUGCACCUCUACCUCCUUCGUCUGCAGAGUCUGGGGAAGUGGAAAUUGGUUCUACACCAGCAGCUAUGCCGCCUGCACCCCCACCUCCACCUCCUCCUCCACCACCUCCACCCCCACCACCACCUCCUCUACCAUCUGCGGAGCCUCCAGUUCCUCCACCUCCUCCUCCACCACCAGGAGCUCCCCCUCUUCCAGGAACUGCCUCACCCACAGUUAUAUUUAACUCAGGACUUGCAGAUGGACCGAUCAAGCUGUUCUCUGUGAAAAUUAAGAAGCCCAUCAAGACAAAGUUCAGGAUGCCAGUAUUUAACUGGGUUGCUCUAAAGCCCAACCAGAUCAAUGGCACAGUCUUCAAUGAAAUUGACGAUGAAAGGAUACUUGAGGAUUUAAACGUUGAUGAAUUUGAAGACAUUUUUAAGACAAAGGCCCAGGGCCCGCCCAUUGACGUCACCUCCAGCAAGCAGAAAGUAACACCUAAAGGCUCCAACAAGGUGACAUUGCUUGAUGCCAACAGAGCCAAGAACCUGGCCAUAACCUUGAGGAAAGCAGGCAAGACAGCAGAAGAAAUCUGCCGAGCCAUUCAGCAGUUUGACCUGAAAACGCUUCCUGUGGACUUUGUGGAAUGUUUGAUGAGGUUCAUGCCCACAGAGGCAGAGGUCAAGGUUUUACGGACUUAUGAACGGGAAAAAAAGCCCAUGGAGAACUUGACGAAUGAGGAUCGCUUUAUGAUGCAGUUCAGCAAGAUAGAGCGCCUGAUGCAGAAGAUGACCAUCAUGGCGUUCAUUGGAAACUUCUCCGAAAGCAUCCAGAUGUUAACACCGCAACUUCAUGCAAUAAUAGCUGCCUCAGUCUCCAUUAAGUCUUCUCAGAAGCUAAAGAAAAUACUAGAGAUUAUCUUGGCCCUUGGGAAUUACAUGAACAGCAGUAAACGUGGAGCCGUGUAUGGGUUUAAACUUCAAAGCUUAGACUUGCUUCUGGACACCAAGUCAACAGACAGAAAACAGACAUUGUUGCACUAUAUAUCCAAUGUUGUACGGGAUAAGUACUCGCUGGUCGCUCUGUUCUUCAAUGAACUCCACUAUGUGGAGAAAGCUGCCGCAGUCUCCCUUGAAAAUGUCCUAUUGGAUGUGAAAGAACUUCAUCGAGGGAUGGAUCUGACAAAACGAGAGUACACCAUGCAUGACCACAACAUCAUGCUCAAAGAAUUUAUACAGAUCAAUGAAGGGAGGCUGAAGAAGUUGCAGGACGAUGCCAAAAUCUCUCAAGAUGCCUUUGAUGAAGUAGUGAAAUAUUUUGGUGAAAAUCCUAAAACCACUCCUCCAUCUGUAUUCUUCCCUGUUUUCGUCCGAUUCGUGAAAGCCUACAAGCUAGCAGACGAGGAGAAUGAACUAAGAAAAAAACAGGAACAGGCCCUCAUGGAGAAACUCUUAGAACAAGAAGCCAUGAUGGACCAACAAGAUCAAAAGUCUCCACAUAAAUCUAAACGUCAGCAGCUAGAUUUAAUAGCAGAGCUGAGGAGGAAACAAGUCAAAGAUAAUAGACAUGUUUAUGAAGGCAAAGAUGGAGCCAUUGAGGAUAUAAUCACAGCCCUAAAGAAGAAUAAUAUCACUAAAUUUCCAAAUGUUCAUUCGAGGAUCUUAGAAGCCAGCCCUAUAGGAGAGCCGACGCGGUGAGGAGAAGCGUAAGGAAGCGAUUUGACGACCAGAACCUGCGCUCUGUCAAUGGUGCUGAAAUACCCGUAUGAGACGGAGAAUUCGCCACCCGUGUAUGUGUGUGUGACGUAUCCCUUGCACAAUACACAAGACGCCGCCCUCGCCGUGACUGCAGCUUUGUAAACAAUGCCAUUUUUUUAACCAUUGAACUGCCAAGGGCUUAAACUGGACAGAAAAAAAAAAUGUGCAUAGUGACUGAAACGUGCUGGGCUGUCCACUCCGAACAGAUGUGUAUCCGACUGUAGCUAACAAGUGCCUAAAUCCAAAAUACCUGGUCAGACAGAUCCAAGCAAUAGAUGGGGUUUGGUCAGGUAGCAUUCACACCAAUACGUUACUCAGUAUUUUUAACCAAAAUGUAAAAUACAUGAUUUUACUUUUGUUA